AUGACAUUAAAGAAAAUUACAAAAAUGUCCACAAAAUCAACAAUAACUGCAGAACUAAAUGAUAGUAUUAGUAAUGUUUUGGGUAAAAAUGUAAAAAUACUUUAUAAAUCGUUAAUUCGCAUGGAAUCAAGAGGUGAUAAGGUAGACAACAGGGUCCUAGUUGUGACUGCAUUUAGAAUUUUCAUAACAACUACAAAAGUUCCAACUCGGGUGGAUAAUGGAUUUCACUUGAUGGAAAUAGAGGCCCUCGAAAGCAAAAAGGCUAAUCAUCUAUCCAUAACUUUAAUUCAUGAACACAAACCAGUCUCCAUUCUUAUUGGCGAGGAGGGUUCAUCAGACGGUGUUAUAAAUGCAAUACACGCUCUGGCCGCGGCUUUUGAUGAUCUGUUUCCUAAUGUGGCUAUGGAGGACAUUAUAUCCAAGGUUAACUUACCUUUUCAAAUACAACCGGUCACUGGGACACGAAAACAUUCUACGUGCGGAGAUUUCUCUAAUCAGUAUGCUGCUAUGUGCGACUUAUGUCAAACGCCAUUUAGGGCAGAGGUGGCCUGGGACAUCGACACGAUAUAUUUGGCACAUGAUAUUAGAAUGUUGCAUUUAAAAGAUUUCGAUCAUUUGGAUCAAAGGGACCUGAUACCGCUGGUGAUCGCGCUGCAGCACAACACGUGGUUCGAGGGCGUGUGCGGCGACAGCGUGCGCGUGGGCGGCGAGGCGUGGGAGGCGCUGUCGCGCGUGGUGCGCUGCGCCGCGCCGCCGCCACAGCGCCUCAGCUGGCGCGCCGCCGCGCUGCGCCACGACCACGCCGCGCGCCUCGGCCACGCGCUGGCGCGUGCGCGCCUGCCGCCCGCCAUGCACACCCUCGACUUCUCGCAGAACCACAUCGAGGACAAAGGCGCCAUUAGUAUACUGACGGGUCUGGCGAACAACCCAGACGGCCUCCAGUACAUCGCUUUAUCUCAAUGCGGUCUCACGGGAAAGACUGUUAACCAUCUUGCCGCUAUGUUGAAUGAUAAUCCAUGCCAUCUCUCUACGUUGUCACACUUGGAUCUAUCUAAUAACAAUUUAAAAGAUGAUGUACAUAAUCUGUACAAUUUUCUUGCACAGCCGAACGUUUUAACGCAUUUAAAUUUGACUAACACCGAAACGAUGCUAGAAAAUAUUUGGGGUGCGUUAUUGCGUGGGUGUGCGGCGCGGUUGUCUUCGCUGCUGGUUGGACGAAAUCCGUGGUCAGCAGCGCGUAGGCCCCGGGAUCCACCGCCAUCUUUCCGGCAGUUCUUCACCGCCUGCCUCGCGCUUGCCGAUCUCGACUUCUCCCACUGCAAGAUGCCGCCUGAUGUUCUCAAGAGUCUGCUGCUGGGGCUGGCGUGCAACGAAAGCGCGGCGGGCGUGAAGCUGAACCUGGCGGGCGUGCUGAGCUCGGCGCAGGCGGCGCACGUGCUGGAGUCCUGCAUCCACGGCGUGCGCUGCCUGCAGGCGCUCGACCUCUCCGACAACAGUAUGGAAUAUGAAUUAUCAGGAAUAGUGAGAGCUAUAGGAAAGAAUCACUCUAUAACUCAUUUAUCGUUAAGCAGACUAACAGGGAAAAGGUCUUAUGCUCCACCUUUAAUACAAGCAUUGGUGCAUGUUCUGCAGGAACCAGAUACAGCUUUAACAUCUUUAGAUCUUAGUGAUUGUAAACUAAAGGGUGACCUGUACGGACUGCUGAACGCGCUGGGCGGCGCGCGGCGGCUACGCACGCUGGACGUGGGUGGCAACGUGGCGGGCGACGCGGGCGCGCGCCUGCUCGCCAAGGCGCUGCAGUGCAACUGCACGCUGCACACGCUGCACAUCGACCGCAACGCCUUCAGCCUACAAGGGCUGACGGACAUCGCGACGGCGCUGCGGCGGUCGGUGAGCGUGCGGCGCGUGGAGUUCCCCGGCUGCGACGCGGCGGCGGGCGGCCGCGGCGCCAGCGAGCGCGUCGCCGCGCUCUGGCGCGACCUGCACGACCGGCUGGCGAGCAACAGCACGGCGGCGCAGUCGCACCGACUGCGCGCGCUGGCGCUGGAGCGCGCGUGGGCGGGCGGCGAGGCGGCCGCCGCACUCGCGGCGCAAGCCGCCGCCGCGCUGCCGCCGCCGCCGCUGCCCGCCGCCGCCGAGCGCGCCGCUGCCGCCGCGCACCACCUGCUGCACCAGUACCUGCAGCGGUGUAGUGAAGUAUUUGCGGCGAUGGGCGGCGCCAACACAAGCGGAGAACUGGUUACGUUACAAGCAGUGCGAGACGCGAUGGCGCCUUGCAAUGCUACGCUGCAAGACUUACUCAAUGAAGCCGUGGAAAGCUUAGCACUUGCGGCUUGUGAGAGUGUGGACAAUGUGGAUAUUGAACCGACGCCAAGUUCUGAAGCUGAUAUACCUGACCUGCUCACACCAAUUUCACAUUCCGGGAAAUUGGAUUAUUUAAAUUUGGCGACGCCGCUGGGCGGGCGGCGGCGCGAGCGCGGCGCGCGGCGCGUGCGGCCCAAGUCGGUGGCGGAGCAGCAGUGCAGCAGCAACGAGAUGCUGUCGUUGCCGCCGCUGCACGCCGAGGCGGCCGACGCGCUCGCCGACCUGCCCGCGCACACGCUGCGCCACCUCGUCAAAGGACGCCCUAGAAGAGCAAAGACGAGAGCUCCUACUCGGCCUAUAACAGACCAAUCUCAAGAUAUUGAUGAAGGGCUGGACGAGUUUUGGCGCACUUGCCGCACGCCGCCGGGUAGCGAGGAGGCGUCUCUGUCGGGGCGCACGCCGCUCACGUCUCGCUCGCUGCACUCGCUGUCGUCACUCGCCUCGCCCUCGCCGCUGCGCCACUCGCCCACGCUGCAGCGCGAUGACACUAUGUACGUACUGUCGGGGCGCACGCCGCUCACGUCUCGCUCGCUGCACUCGCUGUCGUCACUCGCCUCGCCCUCGCCGCUGCGCCACUCGCCCACGCUGCAGCGCGAUGACACUAUGUAUAGUGUAACGUCUGGCGAAAGUACUCCGGUUUUACUAGAAUGUGAAGUGUCGCGCUGCAAGUCGUCGGAUAACGUGGGCAUACGCGCGCCGGGCACUCCGCCGCCUUCGCGCUCGUCUGACAACGUCAACACUAUGGGCAACGGGUGCGCGCGCGCGGCGGGGCGGGCGCGGCCGUGGUCCGUGGCCGGCGGCAACGCGGACGGCGCCGCCUGCACCACAGAGGGCGUGGAGGCGUGCGUGGGCGGCAGCAUCGUGGGCAUCACCCCCGGCGCCGCACUAACCAGCUCAAUGUUACGAGAUCAUCCAUUAACUCCAGGUUAG